GGGGAGGGGGCCCGGCGGACGGUCCCGCUGCGGCCGCGGCUCCCGAGCCUGCCCGUCGGGACUCCGGUGACGAGGGGCGGAGGAGGCAGCGGCCGAAGCCGGAGCGGGGGGCGCUCGCCGCUGCCCCGGGGCCGGGACAUGUCGUCGGCGGCGGUGGCGGCUGCUUCCCGCAGGCAGUCGUGCUACCUGUGCGAUCUACCCCGCAUGCCCUGGGCCAUGAUCUGGGACUUCACCGAGCCCGUCUGCCGGGGCUGCGUCAACUACGAGGGCGCCGACCGCGUGGAGUUCGUCAUCGACACGGCGCGGCAGCUGAAGCGGGCGCACGGCUGCUUCCCCGAGGGCCGGGCCCCGCCACCGCCCCACGCCAAGCAGCCUCCGCUCUCCGCCAAGGAGCUCCUGGCGCAGCAGCAGCAGCUCGGCCACCCCUCGGCGGCGGAGGCGGCGGCGCGGCCCCCGCCGCAGCCCCUGGAGCGCUACUCGCUGGCGUCCGAGCGGCCGCCGCCCCGCCUGGGCGCCGAGUACGGCGGCGGCCGGCAGGUCAACGGGAUCCUGGUGCCCAACGGCUUCCCCAAGCCCGAGGAGCCGCCCGAGCUCAAUCGGCAGAGCCCGAACCCGCGGCGGACGCACGCCGUGCCGCCCACCCUGGUGCCGCUGGUGAACGGCGCCGGGCUCCCCGCCGCCAUCGGCGGUCUGGGCAGCCGCGCCGCCGCCGCGGCCGCCGCCUCGCUGGCCGCCAUCUCCGCCGCGCCCGCCCCCAUGGCUGUGCCCGUGCCCCAGCAGCCGGCGGCGGCGGCGCAGGCGGCGGCGCAGGCGGCCGGGCAGCCCGGCGAGCUGGGGCACAAGCGCCCCGGCUCCGUCUCCUCCUCCUCCUCCUCGGGUGGCGGCGGCGGCGCGGCGGGGGAGCACGACAGCGGCGCCAAGGAGAAGCGCGGCUCCGCCGAGAGCCUGCCGGCGGCGGCGGCGGCGGAGCUGGCCGCGGAGGGCAAGGGUCGGCCGGGCUCCGAGCAGGAGUGGCUGGCCAAGCCCAAGACAGUGCGGGACACGCUGCUGGCCCUGCACCAGCACGGGAGCCACACCGUGGCCCCCUUCGACAGCAAAUUCAAGAAGGAGCCGGGCAUGGCGGGCGGCAGGCUGCUGGGCUACGAGACCAACGGCUCCGUGGCCAAGCCAGGGGCCCGGGCCGCCCGGAAGAGGAAGCCUUCCCCCGAGCCCGAGGGCGAGGCUGGACCCCCGAAGAUCAACGGGGAGGUGCAGCCCUGGCUGCCCGCCCCGUCGGAAGGGAUGAAGCUGCCGCUGACGGGCACCCCCUUCAUGUCGCCCCCGCCGCCCACCGCCUCGCCCCACUCCAACCGGACCACGCCGCCCGAGGCGGCACAGAACGGCCAGUCCCCCAUGGCCGCCCUCAUUCUGGUGGCGGACAAUGCCGGGGGCAACCACGCCUCCAAAGACGCCAACCAGGUCCACUCCACCACGCGGAGGAACAGCAGCAGCCCCCCCUCGCCCUCCGCCAUGAACCAAAGAAGGCUGGGCUCCGGCAGGGAGGUGCCGGGCCAGGGGGCCAACGCGGCGGCGGCGGGCGGCCUGGAGCCCGUGCACCCCGCCAGCCUGCCGGACUCGUCCCUCGCCGCCAGCGUCCCGUUGUGUUGUACCCUGUGCCACGAGCGCCUGGAAGACACCCACUUCGUGCAGUGCCCCUCCGUCCCCUCGCACAAGUUCUGCUUCCCCUGCUCCCGGCAGAGCAUCAAGCAGCAGGGAGCCAGCGGGGAGGUGUAUUGCCCCAGCGGGGAGAAGUGUCCCCUGGUCGGCUCCAACGUCCCCUGGGCCUUCAUGCAAGGGGAGAUCGCCACCAUCCUCGCCGGAGAUGUGAAAGUGAAAAAGGAGAGGGACUCGUGACUCGCCUGCUCUCGCUGCCCGACAUCACCUUGAACUCGAACUGCUCGAAUUCUGUAUAUAUCUAUAAAUAUAUAUAUAUAAAUAUAUAUAUAUAUCUCCAAGACAAGGGAAAUGUAGACUUCAUAAACAUGGCUGUAUAAUUUUGAUUUUUUUGAAUACAUUGUGUUUCUAUAUUUUUUGAAGACAAAAGGUAUGUACUUAUUAUAAAGGCAUUUCUUCUAAUUCUUCUCUUUUUUUUUUCUGUUUCGUUUUUUCUUUUUUUCCCUUUUGUUAUAGCAACUAUUUGUUGUGCUUCCCUGGUGACAGUUACUGUUCAAUGUAGGCUGUGACUUGCGCUGCUUUUUUUAGAGAGCACUUGGCAAACCAGAAAUGCUUCUAGCUGUAUUUGUAUGCACUUGUUUCUUCUGUUUUUUCUUUUCUUUUCUUUUUUUUUUUUUAAAUGCCAAAUACACUUUCUGACAUUGUAAAGAUUGCCUUACUGUCUGUGAUUCCUUAUUCCUGGCCCCUGUCCUGUAGAGCUGGUCGCAUGCAGGCUUGGUCUGAGGCAGCUGGGGACAAGAGUGGCUGGCCAAGGCAGGCGUGCCCUUUGCAUCCCUCCGGCCGGGCGAGCUUAGGGAGCAGGAGAGCUUUCUCCCAGGAGCGUGUGGCUCGGGUUGCGAUGGAAGAUCCUCCAGAUCCAGUCCCGAAUUGCUCACUGUUUCUCGAGGGAAGUUGCCACCAGAGUAGGAUGUGUAGAGGUGUCCAAGAGGCGCUGUUGAGUUAGGGAUUUCUGGGUUUGUUUGGUUUUGGUUUGGUGUUUUGUUUUGUUUUUUUUUUUUUUUUUAAGGCAAAGUUGACCGCAGUUCUCGUGAUCGGUUCUAAGAUUACAAAACUGCAUUUAUUCACCAGUUGCAUACCAUAAUAUGGAAUUUUGAUAACGAACUUAGUUACACGAUUGGCAAAGGUGCCAAUGUAGCACUGCCAUUUCUGAAGGUCUUCAGUGUCACUUGCGGGGCUUUUGUGUCUUUGGACAAAGCUGGGGAUGUGGGGAAGAGACUUUAUUUUAUUUUACUUUAAUUUUCAGAUAGUGCAUAUGGAUUUUGAUUUUGCUUACCAGUCACCUCUGGUGCUGUUGCUAUUGUUACUAUCGCUGACCCGGUAUUUCCAAGUAGUGGCAGGUACGGUGUGGUACAGUGACAGCAGUGACUGAGGCUCUGCCAAAUUGCCCGCGGGCAUAUCAGUGACAGCCCAAAUGUGGGUGGAGGAAACCUGUAAUUUCCUUAUUACGUAUGCUUGAAACAAACCUACUGCUAUUCUUUGAAAAUGAAAAUAUAAACUGGUUGAAAUGAAAGCAAUUAGGGCUGCACAUAAUGGCCCUGGCCCUGCCUUUUAAGCUACUUUGGAGAACUCUUUUGUAAAGCCACUUCUUUUGAUCACGCUUCUGCAUCACCAAGCAGACUUCUAAAAUCAAUAAAUCAUUGGUUACUAGAAAUAGUUCAAGUCUAAUAGUGAUGUUUUUGUGCUGUUUAUAGUUCAUUGGCAACGCUGCAGCUGUACGAGCCCUUCUGUCGAGGUGUUUAUAACUCGGUUAUGUGCGGUUGUUUCUGAGCUAAAGGGUGGCGAGGACGUCCCUUCCCAGGGACCAGCUAAUAAACACUUCCAGUGUCAGAAGAGAAGGAGGAAAAAUCUGUUCAGCCAACUAUAAAAUUGAAGAUUUUUGGGUGCUUUUUACUCAACUGUUCUUAUUGUGAUAAUGUUCAAACUGCAAUUUAAUGCAGAGAAUUUUUUUUUUUGGGGAAGACUACUUUUUUUUAAAAAGAAAAGAAAUGGUCAUUAUUAGUAUUUGAAGAUCAGAACUGCACAUGCACAGUAAUUUUCUAUGAAGUGUUUAAUGAGCACACCCACUACAUUGUGUUCCAUAUUACAGGUCAAUGUAAUAUUAGAUAAGACUUGCAUGAUAAACAAAUUCAUUGAGUCAAUAUUACGCUUUAAAACUUAUAGUCAAGAUUGGUGUCUUAUGUAAACACAUUUAGCCAAUUUGAAGAAAACGCACAUUAUAUAUAUAUAUACCUAUAUAUAUACCUAUAUAUAAAAAAAAUGCCAACUGUAAAGGAUUCUUUGGAACCACUAUGAUCUGUGUAAAUGUGUAUUUAGGCACUUUAUUAAAAAAAUGAAAUUUGAGCUGAUAGAUGGUAACAAGUUCUUCAAAGUUGCUUGGCAUAAUACCUUACAUGGGAUGAAGUUCAUGUUUUUGAUUAAGGCGGUUUCCCUACACUUAAACAGGAAGCCAAACUGAAUUCCAAAGCCUGCCUAAAAGAGCCCCCCCUUUUGUGUCAUCAGGUGUCCCAGCUGUGAGCGUGCCGAGGGUGAGACCUGCUCCUGACAAAGUACACCCUUGUUUUGGGGCCGAGGGACACUGGUGUGAGAGGCCUGUAGGGAAGCACACCUUCCUCCUCCUCCUCCUCCUCCUCCUCCUCCUCCUCCUCCUGCCAGCCGCCCUCUCCUGCAUCUCUGGGACUCCUGGAGAGGAUGGAAACUCCCCAGCCAGUGAUGCCAGGCAGUGGCCCAGAAACAACAUAGAUGGAAAGGAAAUGGCACACGGUGGCUAUGCUCACUCAGCUGACUUUGAGCCCCCAGCCAAGUCUGAUCUCCACCAUAAAACUUUAGAACUGCUAAAGAAAAACAAACAAAAUGAAACAAACAAAAAAAAAAACAAC